GUUCAUUUCCUCUUGUUUAGUGCUACUGUUCAGUGGUUUGACGUUACUUCAACCAGAGACAGAAGUGAGUGGAUCACACAUCUCAAUCGAGACUUAAUGCCAUCAAAUAAACAUGACACAAAAGAGUUGGAUGACUUGGGUUUUGUUGAUGUGUCUUCUGUGGAUUUGUCCCAUUUUUAAAGCCAAAGGAGGAAAUUUUGUUCUGGAUUACAAAAAUUGUCCCCCUAAACAGAAGAUAAUCUUCAUUGUUGCUGAUAACUUCAAUGGUCUCAUUGGCAGGAAACAAAAUAAUUUGCAGAUUGACAAUUGCAUAAUAUUUCUGCAGAAAAAUGCAUCUAAACUAACACGUCGUCUGUGGGGUGCAGAGUGGCCUCAAAUGGAUGAUAAGAAUGAUUCUCUUGUACUGCGCAUUUCAAAGUGGCAUAUCAAGAAAAAAAAUCUAUGUGUCCUGAAUGGGACACAUUGCAAUGCCACAGUAUCUCAGCUCAAAGCAAAGGAAUGCAGUGCACAGAAGGAACCAAACUGUGUCUUCAGUCAAAUGAUCAACGGAUCUUGCCAUGCUAGAUGUUUGGAUACAGAAACUGUGUGUGAAAAAUCUACUUAUAAUGAAGACCACUGCAAAAAAAUGGGUGAGCUCCCUUUAGAUAAGCAAAAAAAUGAAAUUGUGAAGGUUUCUGCUUCUUAUUUACAGUAUAUUCCAUUAAAUGUUUUGUUGUCAGAUACGCAAAAUCGAUGGAUCAAGGACAAGUACAUCAUCAACUUCACAAGAACAGGGAGCCAUUGCCUCAACUGUAAUAAUCCAGUGAAAAAGCCUGAGAGGACAAUUAAUUUGAAACAAAAUGUAACAGUUGAUAAAAAAGGAAAACUUGACCCUGCUCAAGCUGUUAAAAUCGUGAACAAUAUUCCCAGCAUCGUUCCCUCUUUCAGUGAGUCUUCAGCUGAAUUGAAUGCAGGAGGGGGAGUCACGGGUGCCAUAGUGAAGAAAACGGAGCCCGAAGAUGUAGACGAAGUGUCCUUUGCUUAUUUAUCUCCGAAUGACUCCAUGAAUAUUAUAGACAGCAGAGAUUUUCUGUCUCCGUUUUCAAGAUCUGUUACAGUGUCAAAACAAGCUUUUGAAAAAGCUAUCGAUUCGAAUGUGAGUGAAGCAUUUGCAGCUGUUUUGCGAUUCAACAAUAUGGCUCAGGAUGAGUUGAACAGCACGGUUUUAGGUGAUGAAGUUAUAGCAAUUGAAAUGGGAGUUGCUAUCACCAAUCUCACAGACAAAAUAUCCAUCAAUUUUCGGAACUUGAAAUACGAAGGAAUUCCAAGUUGCCGAUCAUGGAAUGGUGAAGGAAACCAGCCAAACUGGACAGAUGAUGGAUGUGAGACAAUACAAGAUGGAGACAACAUUACAUGCCGGUGUUCGCAUUUGACAUUUUUUGCUAUCUUAUUGGCUCCCCUCAAUGAAACCAUCUCUAGUUCUGAUUUGAACACCCUCACCAUCAUCACUCAAAUUGGCUGUGGCUUGUCCAUGUUCUUCCUCGGCAUAGUCCUCUUCAUGCACUUCUUUAUGAGGAAGACCAAGACCAGUAAGACCACCUGGCUCCUCAUCCACCUCGUGUCGGCCAUGUUCCUGCUUAACCUCACCUUCCUGAUCAACAGCGUUGUGGCAAAAAUGAAGAACUCAGUGGGUUGUAAGAUCAUGGCGGCUUUCAUGCACUACUUCAUGUUGGCCACUUUCACUUGGUUUGCUGUGCAGGCCUUCCACCUCUGCCUGCAGCUGUACACAAGGGGCAACAUUUCAAUCCAUCGCUACAUACUCAAAGUCUCCGUCACCAGCUGGGUUCUUCCGAGUGUAGUGGUGAUUGUCCUGUUCAUUUUAGGAAAAUAUGGUGAACAAGUUAUCCACACGGAUAACACUGAAAAUAAUGAAGCCAUGUGCUGGAUAACAGACAGUGACGUCCACUACAUUGUCAACAUAGGCUACUAUGUUUUGGUCUUCCUCUUCACCUUCACUACCUUCAUCAUCAUGCUGUCCUGGCUCUUUUGCCUCAAGAGAACCAAAGCAGGCAACGUACAAAUGAGCAGAAAUGGCAAAAAUAUUGUAACCAUACUGGGACUGUGCUGCAUGCUGGGCAUCACAUGGGGGUUUGCCUUCUUCGCCUAUGGUGCCCUCCGGAUCCCCUCCUACUACAUUUUCACGGCCCUGAACUCUUUCCAAGGUUUCUUCCUGUUCAUCUACCACUACAACACCAGACAGUGGGAAGAGGUAAACAUUGGCGUGAACAAAAACCCAGACAACAUCAGCAGCAUUUCCACUCUCAACACCAGUCUAGGCAACCACGAGAACCCCUACACCAACCAGCCAGGCAAAAAAUAAAGCCUUGGAUGGGGACCAAAGAGUGAUGGAGAGCUUGACCUCCAGACUACAAGUACAAGGAAUUCAGUAUUAAGUGUACUGAUGUAUAUAACAUUGUAAUUUAUUUAGUACAUUGCUUUAAAUCCAUGUUCUUAAGUUUUUCUGAUCAUAAAUGGGUAUAUGUUUCAUGCAGUUAAAUGACUUUGAAGCCUUUUUCAAUGCAAUAAAAUGUAAUAUUUUGACUGAUUUUUCAAUAGAAAAACUGCAAAACAUUUAAAACUCAGCUAUUUUGAAACCCUUGACUGCUGACUAAGCAUUUUUAAAUUACAUUUUUAGGACCCUCUGAGCUUCAGCCUAUAUAUCUCUUUAGUCAUGUAUAUAAAAAGAGAGUUAUCUCACCAACAAGACAAGGGUAACUAAAUGAGAAGACAUACUCAAAAUACUGUACAUCCACUUGAAGCCAUGCAAACAUGCUGUGUGUAAAAGCAUAUUUUGACUAUAAAAGAGUAGAGGUGAGGAA